AUGUAACCACGGGGAAAGAGGCGGGGUCCUGGGAGCGGGUGCCGAGCUGCUUCUCUUUCAUUCCGUAGAGAUGAAGCUAUGGUGGGGAUGUUGGGGCAGAAGUGGGCAUGGCCAAAGACGAAGGGUGGGAGCAAUUCUCCAGUUCUGUAGAACUGAACCUCAGUGGAAGGGAUGGAGGAGGAUGGCCCAGGGCUACUCCUCUAUUCAUGUAGUAUGGAGCCAUACUGGAGGGAGUCGCAGUCUCUUGCCGGAGUUCUCCUCUCACCAGGGAUGGUGCCAUAAUAGAAGGGCCUUACGAGGCUUGUGGCAGAGCUUGAAGGUGGUCUUGGGUCGGUGGAGCAGAGCCAAAGUGGAAGGGUGAACUAUGGAGCGAGAGUGGCAGUCCUCUAGUCACCUAAAUGGAACCACAGUGAAAGGGCGGGGCCUUGGGAACAGAGCAACUCUACCUUCAUUAUCGGGGGGGCGCUGCAAAAGGCGCUGCAGAUGCACUGCUGGAUAAUGGCGGCCUCACCGAUUUCCUCUUCGGGGCCGCGGGUGGCCCGGACCAUGUUGGGGCAAGUGGUGCUGCCUGGGGAAGAACUCCUGCUGCCCGAUUCAGCGGGGCCCGGCACCGAAGGCUCCGCGGAACAGACGCUGCGCUUGGGAGCGGUAGUGCGGCCCCGCACCCGCGUAGUGUGUGGUCCAGGCCUGAGGCGCUGCGGAGACCGCCUGUUGGUCACCAAGUGCGGGCGGCUUCGCCACAAGGAGCCGAGCGGUGGCGGUAGCGGCGGCGGCGGCGGCGGCGUCUACUGGGUGGACUCCCAGCAAAAACGAUAUGUCCCCGUUAAAGGAGACCAUGUGAUAGGCAUUGUGACUGCUAAAUCUGGUGACUUAUUCAAGGUUGAUGUUGGAGGAAGUGAGCCAGCUUCUUUGUCUUACUUAGCAUUUGAAGGAGCAACCAAAAGAAACAGACCAAAUGUGCAGGUGGGAGAUCUCAUUUAUGGCCAGUUUGUUGUUGCCAAUAAAGACAUGGAGCCAGAAAUGGUCUGUAUUGAUAGCAACGGAAGAGCCAACGGCAUGGGUGUCAUCGGACAGGAUGGGCUGCUGUUUAAGGUGACGCUCGGUUUGAUCCGGAAACUUCUAGCUCCGGACUGUGAGAUUAUCCAAGAGAUAGGAAAGCUGUACCCGCUCGAGAUAGUAUUUGGCAUGAAUGGAAGAAUCUGGGUAAAAGCAAGAACUAUUCAACAGACUUUGAUUCUGGCCAAUGUUUUGGAAGCCUGCGAACACAUGACAACAGAGCAGAGGAAGCAGAUCUUUUCCAGACUGUCGGAAAGUUGACCUCCGCCCUUUGCUUCAUUCUUUAUGGGAUUAUGAUGUGAGCUUGUGGCGGUGACCCUGGAGGUUUCAUCAGGACUUCUUCAUUUUCAGAUGAAAUCUCGCCUUUUCCCCAGUUCCAGGAUCAUGUACAGUAAAUGUUUUGGAAAUUUUUUAUUCGUAAGAAAGCCAUUAAUUGUACUUUGAUCUACCUGUAUUAAAUGAGUAUAGAACAA